AUGUCCAGUCCAAUCCCUACAAACCAGAGAACGACUUCUCUCAACGAUGGAAAUCGAAUCCCGGUGAUUGGCCUGGGUACAUACCUAUCCAAGCCGAAUGAGGUUCGAGACGCCGUUCUAGCGGGGUGGAGAUGUGGCGUGCGGCACUUCGACUGCGCUCAGUUUUACCAGAAUGAAAAGGAAAUUGGUUCAGCCCUCGCCAUCCUCAGGAAGGAGGAGCCGAGCUUCAAGAGGGAGGAUCUUUUCAUCACUAGCAAAGCUUGGAACUCACAUCAUCGACCCGAGAAUCUGAACAAGGCCCUCGAUCAGACUCUGAAAGACUUGGGCACGGAAUAUUUGGAUCUUUACCUGAUCCACUGGCCGGUCAACUUUGCCGCGGUCACUGACGCCAAGUCGGAUACUGGCGUAAAGCUCGAACCAUUCGAAGAAGGCAUCAUGCUGCUCGAUAGGGAGCUGAGCUUGACUACCACAUGGGAAGCUAUGAUUGACGUUCAGAAGGCUGGCAAAGUCAAGAGCAUUGGCGUCAGCAACUUCAGCCCGGCGCAUGUGCAGAGACUCAUUAACGAGACUGGUGUAGUGCCGGCUGUCAACCAAGUUGAAGCCCACCCUCUUCUGAUCCAACAAGAGCUUCUCGACUACUCCAAGGCAAAAGGCAUCCAUGUUACCGCUUACAUGCCGUUUGGCGGCGAUGCAACUCGCGGAGGGGCCAAGGUCCUCGGAAAUCCCGUGGUGGACCAGAUUGCUUCCAAGUUCGGCAAAGAUGCCGGCCAGGUUCUAGGAUCGUGGGGAAUCAAGCGAGGAUUUUCUGUACUACCAAAAUCUGUGAAGCCAUCCAGAAUCGAGUCUAACUUCCAGGUUUUCGACAUUGAUAACGAAAGCUAUGAAACACUCACUGAGCUUGGCCGCAAAGCGCCUGCCCGUUUUGGAGGUCUCCCCUUCACUUUUGAUCCAGCCUGGAAGGUCAACGUGUUUGACACUCCUGAAGAACGCAACGCUGACCUUCUUGAACCAUUUUGA